AUGGAUUCAUUUCAAUGCAGCAGGGGAUGUUUCAAUUGGACUGAAUGCAGGGUUGCCUACGAGCUCAAUUAUCGGAAAGUUAUGGAAGACAAAUUGGAAUCCCCAAUGCCAUGGAUUGGCAUGUAUAUUGUAGCAGCCUCUGUAGUCUGCUCCCUUGCAAUGGCAGCUGAUGCAUUCCAUGGUUUUCGUAGUAAAAUGCUGUGGUUCCCAUGUAAGUAUUUCUCUUUCAAUGCCAUGUCUUUGACACUAUUAACUGUCACAUUGAAACUACCAGUGGAUCUUACUGCUGUUACCGAUGGGGUUCGUGAAACCCUUGCACGGGUUAGUAGCCUCGUUUUCUUGUCAACUGCGAUGGCAAAUUUUAUGACAUCUUUGGGAUCCAUGGAAGAUAAUGAGAUGCUACUAAACCUAGCUGCUUUAGGUAUUAUGAUAAUUACAGUCAUUGGCAAUGUUUGUAUCCACCUUAUCCAAAUGCUUAAUUUUACAUAUGUUGUAAAUACUGUCGCAGAAAUUGUAGCAACAGGUUUUAUCUUUAUUUCACUUGUUAGUUUUUGUUCUUCGGCUUUGACCAUUCUAACUACCAGAAGUUACAUAGAAUGCAAGUACCAAGAAAUGCGCAAAAUAGCUUUAGAUGAAGAAAAAGUGGAAGGGCCAAAAUUUCCACUUGACAAAUUGACACUAGUGGUCAAAAAAUAUUGGGUGAUGGCGGUAACAGGAUGCCCCCAGUUUGUAAUGGCUCGUAGUGUGACUUGCACUGCUUCAAGUUUGAUGUGUGUAUUAGUUGCUCUCACUUUAGCAGGACUUAAUAUUUCGACGGCAACAGGACAACAUGAGACUUAUUCUGCCUAUAAGUGGUCAAUCAAAUGGAUUCUAAACGUUCAGUCAAUUGGAGUGGCAUUGGGUACUAUUGCCCCUGCAUUCAGAUGGUUUACUGCUGCCCGGUAUAAGUGUUCUGAUUUAAGCAGGAAAAGCUUCAAAAACGAGUUGAAAAUCGAGACUUACUGGAUUCAGAGACUUGUGGACUGGAGAGAAAGCUCAUUACCUUUACAAAUUCAACACCACAAGUGGAAAAAAUUUCUUCAUGCUCAUGGUAAUAUUCCAUGCUUUGAUCCUGAUAAAGCAGCUUACAUUGAUGAGUGGCGUACUUUUAUCGAGGAAGAUAAUGGAAAUUCUCUGGCCUCAAUUUCAAGUAUUGGAAGUGAAACUCAACAAUCCAAUGAAGAGCAUGUAGCUAUUGAACUUCACGGCUGA